AUGCAGUUAAAAAGCGCUUUUAUUAUCAGCAUCUUGAUGCAAAUGGCUCUCGCCACCCCAUUGAAUCAUCCAGCCGACCGUGUCCCUCCCACAAUUCAAACAGACGUUGGCGACAUGCCCAAGUCUCCUCCCCCCUCCAACCCUAAAGCUUGCAAGCAACCCCCGCGCGGUACACCACGCGGUUCCAAAAAUCUACUUAAACGCACAUUCGCUCGUCAGUUUUUAAACAGAGUCGACCUGGGAAACCUAGCUGCGAUUGGAAUGGGCACCACGCUAUGUGUUGAGGGGUAUGUUGGUGGCCAAGUGUUGAUGGAUGAGAGGAGACACCGGCUUGAGGCUGAAGAGCGGGAACGAGAACUAGAAGUGGCCAUGGGAAAACGACCGCCAUCGCCGCCAGCGCCGCCAAAGCAACCACCGGUCCCGUUAAACAAGCUCUCGGGGUCAAACUCCCCUGCCUGGAUAAACUCUGCAUAA